AUUUCACGAGAGUAGAUUCCUCUCUGCAGCUGUUCAAAAAACUUCUCAAAAUGUUUGGUUUCAUUCAUGAAAGUAUUCGACAACUUGUUAUUCGAAAAUAUGGUGAAGAUGUGUGGUUGCAAGUUCUUGAGCGAUCUGGAUUUGAAAACGGGAAAGAAAAUAUUGUCAACCAUUAUUAUUCGGAUACAGACACGUAUGUUCUUGUGGACAGUGUUUCAAUCGUCUUGAAAGUGACAAAAGAUCAAAUUUGGGAGAUGUAUGGAGGAUUUUUGAUAACAUAUUCCAUGGAGAUUGGAUGGGAUGAAUUGGUCCGAAGUAUGAGUCCAAAUCUGAAAGGAUUCCUGGAUAAUCUUGACAGUCUUCACUAUUUCAUUGACCAUGUUGUCUAUAAAGCAAAUCUUCGAGGACCAUCAUUUCGCUGUGAGGAGAACCCAGAUGGAACAUUGAUGCUUCAUUAUUUCACUGGUCGCCCUGGACUUUAUCAUAUUGUGAAGGGGGUUGUUAAGGAAGUUGCUAAAUUGGUAUUCAACUUAGAUAUCAGUCUUGUGGUUCAAGGAAGAACUCAGAGGAGUGUUCAUAUGAAUAAUGGAGAAAGAGUUGAAGAACACGUCAUUUUUCUCAUAAAGAAUGUGGAAGAGCCUCGUCGUGACUCUGAUACUUCAACCACGAGUGCUCUUACUUCAGUAGAACCUGAUUUUGGUGAAAUCAUUGACGAUAACUUAAAAGUGUCACUUCAAGAUUUUUCAAGGGCUCUUCCAUAUCACUUUGUUCUUGACGAAUCUUGCCGUCUGGUACAAUGUGGAGAUGAACUUUACAAUCACAUUCCAAAUGAACUUCUGCAACCUGGAACUCCGAUUUUGAGAAUUUUCGAAAUAAAUCGACCUCAAAUUCCGUUGGAUUUCGAAAACAUUUGCAAUUUUAUCAAUGCUGUUUUUGUACUUCAAGUGAAAACGUCACCUUUAAGAAAGAAACAUAUGAAUGCGAUGACUAAAGAAGAAAGAGAACAAGAAGUAGAAGCAAUGGAAGAAGAAGUAGAAUCAAAUGAACUUACACAGGGAUGUCAUUUGAAAUUGAAGGGUCAGAUGAUGAUGUUAUCAACGAAAAAACAUAUAAUUUAUCUCUGCUCUCCAUAUGUUACAUCUAUCAAUGAACUGAUGCAGUUUGGAAUGCGUCUCACAGCGAUGCCACUACACGAUGCCACACGAGAUUUGAUACUUCUCAAUCAACAAAGACUUUCAGAUGUAGAAGUAAACUUGCAAUUGGAGGCUAACAACGAGCAACUUGAAACGAUGACUCAUGAACUUGAAGUAGAACGUCAGAAAACAGAUUCCAUACUCAAAGACAUGCUUCCAAGAAAGAUUGCAAAACAAUUAUUGAGUGGCGAGCACCUUGAGCCAUGCGAGUAUGAAGCAACGGUCAUGUUUUGCGAUCUUCCUGCUUUUCAACAAAUCAUUCCAGUGUGCCAGCCUAAGAACAUAGUGAAGCUUCUCAACGAAGUUUUCUUCAAACUCGACAGAAUUGUGGUUCUUCGUGGUGUUUACAAAGUUGAAACCGUUUCAGACAGUUACAUGACUGUCUCUGGAAUACCUGACUAUACUUCAGAGCAUGCAGAAAAUAUGUGCCAUGUCGCGUUGGGAAUGAUGUGGGAAGCCCGUUCUGUGAUGGACCCUGUAAACAAGACCCCGUUUCUGCUUCGAAUUGGACUUCAUUCUGGAACUAUUAUUGCCGGAGUAGUUGGCACUAAAAUGCCACGUUAUUGUCUAUUCGGAGAGACUGUAACUUUAGCGUCUCAAAUGGAAUCUCUCGGUGUUGCUGGUAAGAUACAAUGUAGUAGCUGGACGUAUUCAAAAGCCAUGGAAACUGGAAGAUUUGAAUUUAGUCCUCGAGGUAGAAUAAAUGUAAAAGGACGAGGAGAUGUGGAGACAUAUUUUUUGAUGAGAAGCUUGAAAAAGAGCAUUUGGGAGAUUACAGAUCAUGAAAGAGAUGUCAACGUGAACAGCAUCGAGGGUUAUGAAGAAUUAGAGAUUUUCAUUGAAAAUGCACAAACUGUUAAGCAUGACGGACACCCGAAAGCAAAUCAGAAUCAUUCGGCAACAUGCACAAUUGCAUAAAUUCAAUUUUGUAUAUUAUUUUUCAAUUUUUUAAUACUAUCCCAACCAACAGAACAAUUUAUUCAAGUCAUCAGAACAAACUAAUAAAUAUCAUUUAUUUUUC